AUGAAGCCUGAAGAUGAAAACUUUGAUAAUAUUGGCGAAGACGCCUAUAUGCACACAAUUAGGCAAAUUAAUAUAUUGCCGAAUAAAUCCAUUAUGAACAAUUCUAAUGAUAAAGGUAUCAAAAUUGGAAUUAAUCAAAAGGAUUAUGAUUUAUAUAUUAGUCAAUUAAAGAAAGCAAAUCCGAACGAGCUAUUCCAGGCACCUAUUAAUACAUAUUCAUAUGAUAUAGCUAGUGAUAAAGGUGAUAUCGAUGGAAUGGAUACUAGUAAUAUUAAUAAUAAUACAAAUGAUAUUAACAAUAAUAAAAAUAGAAAUGAUAGAAGCGACGAAAAGGACAGAGCAAAUGAAAUGGAUAACUCUUUGAGGAAAGCAAAAACAAAUGUAGAUAAUAAAAUAAAUGAUUUUGAAUGUUAUAAUAAUAUGCGUGUAAAUAAUGUAGAAUAUAAUGAUAUUUGCAAUAAUACAACAAAUAAUAUAAAAAAUAGUAUAAAAUUAAAUGUAGAUUUUUUAAUAAAAUGCAAUGAUAGUAAUGAUACGGCAAUUUCUACUUCUACAUCAUGUACAAAUACAAAGCUUUUAAGGCAUAAUAGUGAUAUUAGUAAUUUAAAUGGUGAAAAUAAUAUUUAUAGUAAUAUAGAUGAUAAUAAAUUGGAUAGUAACUCUACUAAAAUAAUUUUGAUUAAUAAUGAUAAUAAAAUAAAAGAAGUUUGUAAUGAAAAUUAUAUAUGUAAUAAAGAAAAUUCAAUUUCUGAAAGUUUUAAUAAUACUAAUAUGGAUAAUGCAUCUAAUAGUAGUAGUACUGUAAUUUGUUUUAACAAUUCAAAAUUAAAUUAUAAUUUUGAAAACCCAAAGUGCAUUAGUUAUAAUAAAGAUAACUAUAAAAAUUGUAAUAUUGAUAAAGAAUACAAUAAUAAUAGUGUUAAUAAUUUUUCAAAUAAAUUAAAAAAAUCUAAAAAAAAUAAUAACUCACUAAUAAAUAAUGGUAUUAUUAAUUAUGACAAAAAAGAAAAAAAUAAAAAUACAAAAUUAAUAAAUGAAAAUGUGGGAAAUACAAAUAAUUUAAAUAAAUUUGAAUUUAAUGAAAAUACAUAUGAUUUAUUAAAUAAUACAGAAUUAGCAAAUAAAUUAAAUAAAUUUUGUAAUAAAGUACAGAAAAAAAAAAUAGCUAGGAAUCAUAAUUUUGAUGGCGAUCAAAGUGACAGCAUAAUAAAUAUAGAAUGUGAUUUAAAUAAGGAAAAUAAAGAAAUAAUAAAAAAAAACGGAGUACAAUCAAUGCUUAUGCAUAUAAAAAAUAUUAACAAAAUAUCUUCAAAUAAUUUAGAGCAACCUAAAGAUCAACAUUUAGAACAAACAGAUACAAAUUGUUUAGAUAGCAAUAAUAACCUUUCAGAUAAUGAUGAAAAAAAAAAAAAAAAACGAAAAAGAAUCAACGACAAUUUAUCAUUAAAUAAUAUUAAAAAACAAAUUAAUUCUAUAAAUGCUUAUAAAAAUUAUAUUUAUAAUAAUGAAACAAUAGAAGAAGAUAUAAGUCACAAGCAAAUGAUAGUACAAAACUUUUUUAAUCAAAAUGAGGUAGAGAUGUUAAAUUCGGAAAAUAUAAUUAAUAACCCAAUCCGAGUGUCAGAUAAUGAACUAAUUCAUAAAAAAUGUAAUGCCAACGAUAAUGGGGAUCUAUUAUAUGGGGUAAAAAAAAUGCCCACUUCAGAAAAAAAUAGCAUUUCAGAAAAAAAUAGCAUUUCAGAAAAAAAUAGCAUUUCAGAAAAAAAUAACAUUUUAGAAAAAAAUAACAUUUCAGAAAAAAAUAACAUUUUAGAAAAAAAUAACAUUUCAGAAAAAAAUAACAUUUCAGAAAAAAAUAACAUUUCAGAAAAAAAUAAUAAAAAUGCAAUGAUUCAUAAUAUGCCUCCUCAAAUAAUUCAAUCUACUAUAUAUCAAAAAAAUAACAAUAUUGAUAACUACGAAAUUUCAAAUCAACAUGGCCUUAAUAAUAGAAAUUGUAUAUAUGAAAAAGAAUCUGAAUAUGAUAAUAAUAUUGUUGACGAAUCUAAAACGGUUAUUAAUGAGAUUGAAAAUGACAUUAGCGUAUCUAAAGAUAGUAUUAGAACAAAUCAUGUAAAUACAGAAGAACCUACAGCAUCUAUUUAUAAUGAUAGAACAUCUUGUCCCCCUCCCAAUAUACCUAACGAAUCAUAUUCAAAAAGGCCCCAACGAAAUGCAGCAAAAAAAUGUAUAAAUUUAUGGUCUGAAGAGUUAAGAAAAAAAUCCGAAAAAUUUUAUGGAUUACAUGAUAAAGGUAAAAAUGGGGGAGGAGAUUCAAAAAAGGAAGAUAAAAUAUUAAAAAAAAAAGAAAAAGAAAAAAAAGAAGGGGUAUAUUUAAAUAAAAUAGUUUGGGAAAAUAAUGAGGAUGAGAUUGAUGAAGAAAAAGAUGAUAAACAAAAAAAAAAAAAUAAAAAAAAUAAAAAAUAUAACAAUAAUAAUGAAAAUGUGUCAGAAAUCGAACAAAGGAAUGAAGAAAUACCUAUAUUAUUUAAUAGAAAUAUGGAUGAAAGGGAAAUGUUUAAAUAUUUAGAUAUUUUAAGACAUUUACCUAGUAAAAAAGGUGGUGCCCAAUAUAAACUACAUAAAGCUAUAUUAACUGAAGAAAUGGUUAAAAGAGCUAAGAAAUUCCCAUUAGUUCAAGGUGUUUAUUUUGAUAGGUACCAACAAAGAUGGAGUGUUAAUUGGAAUGAAGAUGGCAAAAGAGUUGCAAAAUAUUUUCCUAUUAAAUUAUUUGGAUUUGAUUAUGCUCGUAGAUUAGCUAUAUAUUGUAAAAAUUAUCAGAAAAUUCCAGAAGAAGCUUUAAUUUUUGAACAAGCAUAUCGAGCCAAACAUCAAAAUAAUAAAUCAAAAUUCGAAAAUCGAGAAAAUUGUAAAAUUGGCGAAAUUGAAAAUAAUAAAGGAUAUAAUAUUAAAAAAAAUAAUAAAAGAAAUAUAAAAAAAAGAAAUAUUAUAGAUAAAUCAAAUUCAGAAGAUGAAACGUUGAAUAGUCAAAAUAUUACUAAAAAGAGACAUAUUACAAAUCAAAAUGAUAAAAACAAUGAUACAAAUUUUAUGCAUGGAAGUGCAAAUAUAUGGGAAAAUUCAAUUAAUAGUGUUUCAGAUAAUAUUCAAGACGCCUCAAAGAAAUUCAUGAGUAAUAAUAGCGAAUAUUAUUAUAGUAGUGAUAAUAAUAGUGAUAUUAGGAAAUAUAAUUCAUUUGUUGAUCAAAAUAAUAAUUUAUUCUCCGAUUCUAUAAGCGGCUCUAUUAGAAGUAAUUCACAUUCUGAAGAAUUAGUUGCUGGAAAUAUUUUAAGCAAUUUGCAAACACGUGACAAUAUAGAUAUUUUUAAAAUUGACAAAAUGAAUAGUACAAAUGUGAAUACCAUUAAGAAUUAUGAUUUACAAAAUUCUAUAGGUGAUGGGAAUCAAAUAUUAAAUUUAUUAAAAAAUAAAUAUUUAAAUAAUAGUGCAAUAAAUGAGAAAAAUAAAAGAGCGUUUACAAUUAGCGAAUCAAACGUUGAUCAUGAUAAUAAUGAUAGUAAUAGUAAAACGAAUAUGGUUGAAUGGGAAAAUGAUGGAAAUUACCAAGUUAAUGUCUUGAGUGAGUUAGAUAAAGGAGGAAUAGAAAAAAUUCAAAAAAAAAAAAAAAAAGAUGUUUCUCAUAAAACUCAAAAUGAUAUCCCUAAAGAUAAUUCACGAAUUAAAAAGGAAUUAUAUUAUUUAGAAAAUAAAAAUAUAAAUUUAUUAAAUGCUAUAAAUAAAGAUAAUAUUAAUACUAUUCAAAAUAAUACUAUUAAAGAUGCCAUUUUCCAAAAGACAAACCAAUUAGGGCCUAAACACAGUUUGAGUAUCAAAUUAAAUAGUAUUAAUAAUGAUGUAGAACAUGAAAAAAAUGGAGAAAAAACAAAUAACAUAAAAAAAAAUUUAAAAAAAAAUAUAACAUGUACUUCUACAGGCACAUCAUUAAAAUCAUCUGCUUCUUAUAUAUCAUCUGCUUCUUCAUGCUAUAAAAAUUUAGAACAAUUUUCAUCAAAUAAUGGUUAUUCUGAUUUUAAAGAAAGUCAUAUUAUACAUAAUAGUAAUGAUUAUUUAGCAGAGGAAAAGGAUUCAGGAAUUUCGAACAAAUGGAUAGAAAAAUAUGAACUGGGAAAUGUAUUAGGAAAUUCUAGAAAUGUAGGAAUUCGAAAGGAAAGCUUUUCAUCUUCUACUGGAAUUAAUGAAAAUCGAUUUUUAAUAUCAAAAGACAACCAAAAUUCGAAACCGAUUUUGAAGUCAAUUGCAAGCCAAAAUAAAGAAGAAACGACAAUAGUUAAUGACGAAAAAAAUAUAUUGGGAACAAUAUUUAAUCACGAUUAUGAUAAAGGUAUAGAGAAUAUUGAAACUGACCAUAAUAAAAUUGAUGAUAUUAAAAAUAUAAAUAAAUAUAAAGAUAUAAUUAACAAUUUAGGUGGAUUUCAAAAUAUUGAUAAAGUAGUAAAUAUAAAUGGUUGUAAUAAUAGCGUUCAUAACACAAAUGAAGAAAAUGGCGAUGAUAUAAACUCAAGAAUUGUUGGUGUACAUUACGAUAGAAAACAAUAUCGAUGGAAAGCAACUUGGUACACAUCAAAUGGAAGAAGAUGUGCAAAAUAUUAUCCUAUAAAACAAUAUGGAUAUUUAGAAGCAAAAAAAAUGGCUAUAGAAUGUAGAAAAGUAUAUAACUUAUAUAAAAAAAUAAAAAAAAAUCCUGAAAAUAAUACGGAUACUAAUGAUAUUGAUUUUGAAACUACAAUAUUUCCAAAAGAAUAUUAUAUAAGUUUAUUUGAAAAUGAUGAAAAAAAAGAUGGUUAUUAUAUGGAUAAUAAAAAAGGGAAAAAAAUAAAAACAAAAAAAGAUAAUAUUAAUAUCCCAAUUCCUAGUAACAAUUCACCUCGAAACAAUAAUAGCUUCAAUACUCUUAUUUCUAGUAAUAAUAGUAAUAACCAUAAUAAUAUUGGACUUUCAUUUUCUAAUUCUAAUAAUGAAUGUUAUUAUUUUUGUGAAAAUAAUUCGAAUAAUAAUUGUAAUGAUGUUAUUAAUUCUACCAAUUCCACAACCAACAACUAUUGCAAUAAUGUUUUGACUUUUCAUGAUAAUUCAAAACAAAAGAAAUACUGUAAUGAUAUGCUUAACAAAAUUGGCAAUAUAAAAUCUGGAGAAUAUACCAAUUUAUAUGACCAUAUUAAUAAUGAUAAUAAUAAUAAUUCACAUAAGUUUAAUACAAUAUUAACUGAUUUUAAUGAUUAUAAUACAAAUAAAAAGAAAAACGAAAAUGAUUUAAACAAAAUUACGUGCUUUCCAAUCGGAGCUAAAACUAAUGGAAAUUAUUUGUUUAGAAAUAUUUCAGAAAUAAGUAAACUAAAAAAACAAAAUAAUCAGAAUGAUAAAAAUUUGGGAUAUAUAUGUGAUAAAGAAUCGGACAGUAUAUGUCAUAGUACAUUUAAAAAUGAAAUAGACGAAGAAGAAAGGGAAGAAAAAGAAGAAAAAGAAGAAAAAGAAGAAAACAAAGAAAUUGAUAUAAAUGAAAAUAAUUUGAAUAGUUCUUUAAAAUACUCAUCACCUUCUCUAUUAUCUUUAUAUUAUUUAUCAGAAAAUAUUUUGAAAUUUCAAAAAGGAACAAUUAAAUAUAUUUUACAAGAUUUACGAGACAAUUGUUUAUCAAAUUUAGCAUAUGAUAUACAAAACAUAACAUUUCAAGAGUAUUAUAUGGCUAUUCACUAUUUAAAUAGAUAUGUAAACGAUUCGACAUGUUAUGACGACAUAUUUUUUCUUUUAAAAGUUUUAGCACAAAAUUUAGAGAUUAAAAAAAUACCAAGUUUAUAUAAUGAAGAAAAACAAAAAGAGCUAUUAAACUCAUUAACAGUUAUAACAAAAAAAUUGAAAAAUAAUUAUUCUUAUUAUACACAUAAUACCUUUAAAAAUACAAAUGAGCUUGACAAAUUUUCAUCUUUAAUAUUUCAAUAA